AUAGGAAACAAUGCAUUUGCUAGCGUCCCGUUUUUAAAAACGCGUUUGGUGUGUUUCGGCCCGAACAAGGGCUCGCGCUUGCUGGCCUAAAUUGACGUAGGCUACCAACGCGGUGGCAGUGCAUUGUGGGACUUGCAGUAUUAGCAGUCGUGCGACAUACCGGCGGCCGCGGCAGUCCAGCUCUGAUAAACAUUAGAUAUUAUCUGGCGGGCCUUGAGUUUAAAAUAUGUGGCUUAGAAUAAUAAUAAUAAUACACUACAAUGCAUGGUUUGCAAGCACCGUAGUUGCUAUUUAAACACACGUCCCCAGAUAGUAGGCCUAUGGCCGUCACGCCUUUUAAUGAGCUACUCCUCUUAAGAAGAAUACAGGAAGAAGACGUCAAGACCUAGCGUCUGGACUGGCAGAUGUGGAGUGAGAUUUCUGCAUUGAGUAAAAACUCAAAGCCGUCAAGUCCUGUGUCUAGCGUCUUACUGUAAAACUCCCUUCAGAGUUCACAGUGAUAUUCAUCCAGGAAGAAAACAGUCAGUGAUUGAAGCCACAGGCCAGCUACAGGAAAGGAUCUGCGCUCGUCAUAAGAAAGUUUUUGAAAUAUUUUCUCGUAGCUAGGCUACUGAUCAGAGUUGUAUAUGCUAUCUGUGCCAAUGGAAGAACAUAAUGGGAAUGACAUGUCACAUCUGCAGCAGAAAGGACUGAGAAACAAGCUGUGAGGAAAUCUGUCUCCACACUAGAGGGGCAGCUGGGAGAUUUCUGCAAGCAGGAGGUCAUGAAGAUAUCAGCUGUGUCUGAUAUGCAGGCUGUUUUUGCUGAACCAGUAACUAGAGAGGAGUUCUUACAGUACUCCUGUCGAUUCACACUGGACCCAAACACAGCAAACAGAAACCUCCAUCUGUCUGAGGGGAACAGGAGGGUGGAAAUGAGAGAUGAGGUCCAGUCAUAUCCUGAUCAUCCAGAAAGAUUUGAUGUGUGGGAGCUGGUGCUGUGUAGAGAGGGUGUGACUGGACGCUGCUACUGGGAGUUUGAGUGGAGUGGGGUGUGGGUUGAUAUAGCAGUCUCAUAUAAAGGCAUCAGCAGGAAAGGAGGUGAAGAGUGUAGGUUUGGAUUUAAUGACCAGUCCUGGAGUCUUACCUUCACCAGCUCCAGCUCCGGCUCUUUCUGGCACAAUUCAAAAAAGAUUGAUCUCCCUCUAGUGGCCAGCUCCAGAAUAGGAGUGUAUGUGGAUCACAGGGCAGGGACUCUGGCCUUCUACAACGUUUCUGACACAAUGACCCUCCUGCACAGAGUCCAGACCACAUUCAUUCACACUCUCUACCCUGGGUUUGAGUUAAGUACUGGAUCAUCAGUGAAGCUGUUGUGAUCACAUCACUUCACGACCUCACAUACAACACACGACAUACAUGUAAGGACUUGGCAGCUGGCCGUUAGUUUCUCUGAUCUAGGGGGCAAUAACUGACUGAAGCCAUUCACUCAUCUCUGGAGCCCAGCUAAUACAUCGCAAGCCAGUUGUUACAUUAUGAGUUGUUGUGUGAGAAAUGUCUUGUUGAGCCCUGAGUUGAGUACCCUGUCCCACAAUCCUUUCAAUCCGAUCAUAAAGUGUUUUUUUUUUUACUCUGAAGUAGCAGCCUUACUCUAUGUAUAUAAGAUGUAUCAUAAGCGUAGAGAGUAUAAAUUGUGCUUAAUAGUUUGGUGGAUGUGGGCAGCUACAAGAAGAGGGUUUCUGCAAGUGGAUCAGGUUGAAAAUAUGCAACAGCAUCCCACAGUGGAUACAGUCUAGAGUAGGAGAGGGGAAAAAGAGACAACGUCAGUGGACAGAGCUAAGUUGCCUUUAUAUUCAUGUAAUUAUAGGUUAAGGUGAUGAGGAACAAUGUUAUCACAACCAUUAGCAUAUCCAGGCAAAGGUCCAACUCUAUGGGAGAGAACAAAGACAAGUUAGUAAACAAAAUAUCAGUCAUACACACACACACACACACACACACACACACACACACACACACA